ACCAGUUAUUCAUCGAUUCAUAAAUAUAUUCUCCAAUCAUGGCUUUUAGGAGCAGAAUAAAUAGACCAGUGUAGUGUAGUGUAGUGAUUAGCUGAAUUAGUAGAUGUUCCUGCUGAAGGACCAGAGCUUUGAUAUGGGAGCAACUCACUCUCAGACAAACAUGCUGAAACAAGAUCGACUUGUGAAUGCUGCUUUUGGAGGUCAGUCUGGUGGUACAAAUUCCACCCUGCGUAUUCUCAGUAACAGCCAGAGGACGUUCGAGAAGGAUGGGAACUUCAACUUUCUGAGUCAAGAUGAAAACACGAUGACUGCAGACGAGAACCGUAACCAAAUGCGUCCUCGAGCUUUAGGCCUGUCAAGCCGCUAUCCACCGGCGUCUGCUAACCACUACGUCCCUGGACCCCUGUCUCCCCUGUCUCGCCUUCCCUGCUGGAGCCCCCUGGAACCUCUUCCUGAGAUUGACAGCGGAGAAGAUACUGGAGGCAGGGUGCCUCCUGAUGGAGCAGAAGAAGGCAAAAUAGAUGAGGAGAUGAGGAGAAUGAGUGACGACGAGAAGGAGGAAGACCUUAUGAAAGGUAAAGCUCAAGAACAGGUGGAGGAAAUAGAAGAAGAUGGGGCGUUAGACUGGGACGAGAGCGAUGAAGACUUCGAGUUCAGUUACAGGUCGGAAAGCUCUUCGCCUCUCACCGUCGAAAGCGGAGAUGUGACUGGGGGAGACUCCCUGAAUUUAACGUGGGACCGCAUCUGUGUGGGAGGUUCAAACUCAGAAAAUGGCGAUGCAACCACGAACCUGGAGGGAAAACAAAGUGCAGAAGAGGACAAGAAAGCCGAGACGCACCACGAUCGCCGGGGAGGUUCCAGCCUAGCCGAAGAAGCGUCCUCCGACUCAGAGAGUGAUCCCUGCUCCGAGCUCCCAGAACUCAUGGAGGCGGUGUGGACCAUGGAAGACCGAGAGCGGUUCAAAGCCCAGGAGAUGGAAAAACACCAUGUGCAGUUGACCAUGUACCGUAGGCUCGCCCUGAUCCGCUGGGUGCGCACCCUACAGGAACGUGUCCAAGAACAACAGAACCGACUGCAGUCCAGCUUUGAUAUCAUCCUCACUCACAGGAAAGAGCUGCUUCGCAUGGGUUCAGCUGCAGCUGCCGUUAGCCAGUAACAAAAACAGAAGAGAGGAUAAGCAAGAGUGAGAGCAGGGGAGAAGAGGGUCCUGGGGGAUCAUAGCAGAAAUAAAUGACUAAGAACAGUGACAGAGAAGACUCUUUUAAACUAAAUAAUAUCCUAUCUGUCAGUCCUGUCUUGUGCUUCAGAUUCUGUUUGUGUCUUUGCUAUCAUACAUUGUCCUUGAAGAUCCAUCAGUGCUUUGCAUGCCUGGUCAAAUGUUUCUUAAUUAAUACGUCCAUCCAAACCAGCACGAAUAUACUGUGUAUAUAUAUAUAUUAUGAAAUAUUUAAAGAAAAAUAUAUAGAGGGAAAGGUUUAUAGGAAUAUCUUUAGAAUUUAUGAGAGAUUUUAAGGUCUGCCUUUUGUGUGUUAAUGAAUGAAUAAAUAUUAAGAGUUUUAUUUUUAGUUGGUGUUCUUUAAUGAAUACUGUAAGUGCCAAGAUUAUCAAAUUAAACCAGUUAAAAAUACAGGUAGAAAUAAAUACAUUUUGCCAAACAAUAAAUACACAUACUAAUUGUAAUAAUUGUAUGACUUUAAUGUGCAGAAAAAUUUCACAGGAUGUCAGUGCACAUUUUUUGUCUAAGCUUUCUUUCCAUUAAUAAAACACACAUGCAAAGA